GUUGCAGAUGGUAAAUAUUCCACUGAGUGACGAGUGUAUAGACAUCCUUAUACAUAAGCUUGAUGUGGACGGUGACGGUGAGAUAGACUUCGGAGAAUUAAUGGCAGCACAAGCAGAGCACAGGCGAAAAAUGAGCAAAUUUCUAAUGGCCCAGGAGAGCGACAUGGAUGUUGAAGACACUGACAUAGGCCGCAUAAGAAUAAAACUUUCUCGACUUAUGGCAAAGAAAAUGUCGGGAAAUCCUGCAUUCAAACACGAAGUCGAAAAGAUGACAAAAGUAAUAAACCAACAAGGUGAUGCAAAAUUUACCGAAAAGUUGAGUCAAAGUCUGGUGCAGAGAAUGAGGGGAUCCUUGUCACAUUUUAUUGAUAAAGAAAAUCUUACAAGAUCUGGGUCCAUCACGGGAGCGCAUCUUACGUUAUCCGAUAAAAUAAAACAAUGGAAACAUAUGAAUUGAUAAUGUUAUCUUGAAAGAAAACCAGUCAUCAAUGGUGACCAAUAUAAGAUGGUUUGAACAUAUAUACAACAAGUCUGAACAGGUGCAUGUUUUAUCCACAGCAAUCAAAUUUACCCACCUCACUAACUAUUUACAAUUCUAACACGACCCGCUAUUUUCCCUAUUGAACACUAUAGGACCGAAAGUGUGUGCAAGGGGGUAGUGGGGCGUGGGGGAUGUUGCAUUUUUUUAUUAUCCCUCAUGUACAGACUCAAUCAAACCGCGUCUGCAACUUUCAUGUAAUUUUGCUGUUUUCGAGGGAUCACUUUGUUUCAAGAUAUUUAUUAUGCUAUAAAAUGAAAGUUCACGUUCUAUAUUUAGACAUGUGUCGUUACCAUUAAACAUGUGACGUAACACUAAAA